AUGAAUGAGUUCGAUGAGUUCGAAGGAGAACUCGAUGAUGGGUUGCUCGAGCAGAUUGAUGCCAUUGAAGCGCAUCACAUGCAUGUGCCACCGGCAAGGAUGGAGUCUGUAGCGGAGCUUGACGACGAAUUUGCCGAUCCGUCUCUUGACGCACUUAUGAUGAAUGAAAUGGAUACAACUCAAGGUUCAGACUCGCCUGCGUUGCAGCUGAGAGGCGCAUCUGACCCACCAUCCACAUUUUCACUCACAACAACACCCCCACUUCCUCACGGUUGCUCUCAAGCCCCCCUCCGUCAUCAGCAGACCCAAUUCCCAUCAUGCACGCCGUUAAUCCAGCAGGGAUUAUGGGGUCGUAUUCCAUCACUACAAUCGACAUCCCAGCGUACUUCCUCGUCGUCGCCCUCAGCAACAUGUUCUCCUUGUACUCGACCAUCCACGGCUCCUCCUUUAUCUUGUUCCCAAAUCAAUUCGUCCGAAGGACAGGUGUCGCUUGCACCUCGAUUCUCAUUUGGUCGAACAUCGGAAAAGUUAUGGGACCAUCGCAUAUUUUUGCAGCAACGCAAUCGUGUUGUCAAGCGGCCUAUUGGCGACAUGGAGUCGGACAACGACGUAGACCCUAUCUACCAAAACGAGCCGCGCCCCAUGAAACUGGUUUUGGAUGUUGAACAGGCCAAAACUUGGAUAUACCCUACUAAUAAGCCUCUCCGCACAUAUCAGCUGAACAUUGUAAAAAAGGCUCUCUUUGACAAUGUGCUCGUGGCACUCCCCACCGGUUUGGGAAAGACGUUUAUUGCGGCUGUUGUCAUUCUGAAUAUGUUUCGAUGGUUUCCGCAAGGCAAGAUCAUCUUUGUCGCCCCAACGCGCCCACUUGUCGCACAGCAGCAGCAGGCGUGCCACAGCAUCUGCGGUCUGCCAUGGGACACGGCCAUCGAGCUCACAGGCUCGAAGAAACGCACUUUACGAGAUGAUGAAUGGCAUGCAAAGCGAAUCUUCUACAUGACGCCGCAGACAUUUGAAAACGACUUGCUCUCAAGCACAUGUGACCCAAGUGAUGUGAUAUGCGUCGUCGUCGAUGAAGCGCACCGUGCAACAGGCAAUUACGCCUACUGCAAAGUCAUGCGACAUCUUAUGUACUAUAACCCGCAUUUCCGUGUUCUUGCGCUGACAGCAACCCCAGGGAAUAGGCCUGAGCGGGUGCAAGAAGUCGUCACUAAUCUACAUAUUAGUCGCAUUGAAAUACGCACAGAGGACGCUCUCGAUAUUCAGCCGUACCUGCACAGGAAAAGAGAGGAUGUCGUGCACGUGCCUCUCUCUGAAACUCACGCACAACUUCGCUCUACGUGGGCUGCGCUCAUGCGGCCCCAUUACGAAGCGCUGGAAAAGCACGGGCUUUUGCAUGUGAAUGACCCAGCAGAUGUCCGUGCAUUCACCGUUCGGUCGAUCGCUGCUCAGCCACAUGGACGUGCAAUUUUACAGAGCAAACCAUUUCUCUACGGUGCCAUACAAAAACUCGCGAACAUGGCACAAAAUAUGCAAUAUUUGACUGAAUUGUCUGUGCGUCUGUUUUGCGAUCGUGCUAUCGACAUGUUUACUUCAACUCCGUCAAAAAACCGCCAUGAACGCAUGCAAGGCAAUGCCAGUGCCAAAAACAGCACUAGUAUCAAUAAAUUACUCACCUACAUUCAGCAAGUGCGGGACGACUCGGGACUUAUUGUGCAUCCAAAGAUGAAGAGACUUGCCGAGAUCCUUCAAUCGCACUUUGCUCGCGAGUUCACUCAUACGUCUCGCGCGAUCGUAUUUUGCACGUUCCGUGAGGUUGUGCAUGAGAUUGUCGAGUUGCUCAACCAAAUUGAUCUGCGUGCUACACCAUUCAUCGGGCAAGCAAGUGACUCAAAAGGCCAUCGCGGCCUCUCGCAAAAGCAGCAAGAGCAGGUCGUUCGCGCAUUCAAAGACGGCCAUGUCCAAAUACUUGUAGCCACCUCGAUUGGCGAGGAAGGUCUUGACAUCGGCGAAGUCGACUUAAUUGUGUGCUAUGAUGCAGUGCGCGACUCCGUCCGUGGCCUUCAGCGCAUUGGACGAACAGGUCGAAUGCGGGAUGGCCGUGUCGUUGUGAUGACGACCGCAGAGCGUGAAGAGUCCAAUUGGAAUCAGUCAAAGGCUUCAUACAAGAAUAUCCAGAACUUGGUCCGACAUGCAAAUACCAUCGAGCUGUACACAGACGUGCCACGUCUCGUGCCAAGUAGCUUGCAGCCUGAGCCUGUUAUGUGUGAGGUUGAGCAGCCACCGCAAGAACCCGAGCAACUUCGUUUGUCACACCCUAAGCGCGAUUCUAAGCAGUCACGCCUGCCGCGCAAACCGCGUGGACAGCCGGUCCCGAACGAUGAACGAAGACGCUUCUGCUCAGCAGCCGAGCUUCAUCGUCGCUAUGAUGAGCACCGGGAGGGUGAACCUACAAGCUUACUGACUCGUCCUGCCAUGCCCAUGUUGGCGCCACCUCGCGCCUCACUCGAAGCAUCCUCAUCCUCUGCAUCCGCUGCCGCAUCGUCAGUUUCGCGCAGUCCACUUGCUUAUGCGUUCGUCUUCACUCAGCGGCACAGCAAAUCUCUCUGA